AUGGUUGGAAAUUCUUCAAAUCCUACGCAUGGGCAGGAACAUGUGCAAGUAAUUGUCACACUGAGGUUUGAGAGACAAGUGGACAAUCAAGUGGUUCUACCAAAAGAGAACCCUAUUGUGCCGCAAGGCGCCUUACCUGAAAGAUUACAAGCGUCUAAGAAAGGAGGAAAAUUUGAGGACAUUCUGGAGGUAUUCAAGCAAGUCCAAAUCAAUAUCCCAUUUUUGGAUGCCAUCCAACAAGUGUCGUCAUAUAACAAGUUCUUGAAGGACUUGAUUAUUGUUAAGAGGAGGACGAAUGUCCCGAAGAAAGUGUGUAUGACCAAGCAGGUCAGCUCAAUCCUACAAUGUAAGCUACUCAUCAAGUACAAGGACCCCAGGUGUCCUACUAUCUCUUGCAUGAUAGGAAUUAGUCGGAUUGAGAAGGCUCUAUUGGAUCUUGAAGCAAGUGUGAAUCUCCUUCCUUAUUCUGUCUACCUGCAAUUAGGGUUAGGAGAAUUGAAGCCUACAUCCAUGAUGCUUCAAUUGGCUGACAGGUCGGUUAAGAUCCACAGGGGAAUCAUAGAGGAUGUAUUGAUUAAGGUGGAUAAGUUCUAUUUCUGUGUGAAUUUUAUUGGGCUGGAUACGAAGCUAAUUCAGAAUGUUGGGAUUCAAAUAUCGAUGAUUUUAGGGCAACCAUUUUAA